GUGAUUGGUCGAGGGCUCGGAAGCGCUCGAUGAUUUGCUCGCUUCAGCCAAUCAAGGGCCAGUUCACAAGCUGCCGUGUUUACAACUAGAAAUAUCACUAUGGUACACGACGGUAAUAAGGACGAAGCUGAAAAAUGCUUCAAUUUCGCCCAGAAAUACUUCAAGGAGGGCAACAGGGAGAAGGCCGCGAGGUUCGCGCAGAAGGCGGAGAGGCUGUACCCGACGCAGAAGGCCCAAGAAUUUUUAGACUUGCUGAAUCGCCUUAAUGGAAGUACAACCGAUCACAGUCCACACAGCAAUGGCACAGCUGGAGGUGAGGGUGAUGGAGGGGGAGGAAGGAGUGGUGGAGGAGGCAGCUCUAGUGAAAACGUACGCCGACGAAAAUCAUCGACAAACGAAGAAAAGUCCAGCACUGCUGGCAGUGGUUCUCAGGCAGCUACUGGGGAAUAUACCUCAGAUCAACUAGAUUCUGUUAGGAGAAUUAGGAAGUGCAAAGAUUACUAUGAAAUUUUAGGUGUUACAAAGGAAGCAACAGAUAAUGACCUAAAGAAAGCAUAUCGUAAAUUAGCGCUUCAGUUCCAUCCAGAUAAAAACAAGGCACCGGGCGCUAGCGAAGCAUUUAAAGCCGUAGGGAAUGCAUUUGCUGUCUUGAGUGAUGCUGAAAAAAGAAAGCAGUAUGAUUUAUAUGGUCCAGAAGAAUCCACUUCUAACCAACACAGAAACACUUACCGCCACGACUUCACUCGGGGAUAUGAAGGUGACAUGACAGCAGAGGAGUUAUUCAACAUGUUCUUUGGUGGAGGUUACCCAGGUGGCACCACAUACGUCCACCGAGGUGGGCGAUGGGAGCAUGCAGGCGGACAAGGCAGGCGUGGUUUUUCGGGGUCAGGUGGUCACAGUCACCAGGCUGCGCAUUCAGAACAAUCCAAUCUGUCAGUUUUCCUGCAGUUGAUGCCUCUUCUCCUUAUUCUGCUGCUCUCGCUAGCAUCAUCUCUUCUGUCUUCAGAUCCCACGUACUCCUUGUCACCAACCAGCAAGUACAGUGUUCAGCGUACCACUAAUGGACUUGGAGUGUCGUAUUAUGUAAAGCCAGACUUCUCUACUGAGUACCAGGGAAGCAUUCGACGUUUAGAACAGCAGGUAGAGGAAGAUUAUGUGUCAACUUUACGCAACGCUUGCUUCAAAGAAAAGAAUUACAAGGAGAAUAUGAUAUGGAGAGCUCGGUCGUUUGGAGAUGCCCAGAUGUUCAAGAGGGCCCAGGAAUUACGAACACCUUCCUGUGAUUCACUGCAAACUCUGUAUAGUUAAGACCAUUGAGAAAUAUAGUUUUUGAUUGUCAUAGCCAAGUUCUUCAUCAACUUAGCCCAUCAAUGCAUCUGAAACAUUGCUUGUUGACAGGUUUGUAGUUUGCUAUGAAAUCAGUUGGUUUUAGAUCAGGAACUUCAUUUUUGGGUGUUUCUACUGACUACUCCAAACAAAAUUGGAGUUGAUGAAACAAGCAAUUAGGAGGACUGUAUUUCUGUAAUCUUUGACAUUGUUGUGUAGCAUUUGUUAUAUUCUUCUUUGGAUUAUUGACAUAGAAAACCUUCCAGUCUCUUUGAGCUACUAGAAUAUUUUCUGUCACAUUCUAUGGCAGAUUUUGCUUUGGACUCUACAUUUUGGUUACUUUGUGUAUGUUUCUCUUUUAUCGUGUUACGUCUAGCCUCCAUAAGAUGCAGUUUUAUGUUAUGUGGCACAGUAGGUACGUUUGUGCAGCACAUGAUGGAAAUGUGCGAAGCAGUGACACAGAGUAACCAUUCUUGUAUAAGAACAAGUGUUCAUUGAAGGCAUGUUAGUUACUUGUCUUUUAUUGGUAAUGUUUUUAUUGGUAAUGUUUUUAUUCUGAUUGGAUGGAAGACUAUUUUGUUUUCAUUUUUAUAGGGAAAAUCUCAUAAGUAAAAGUUGAUUCUAAGAAACUUCAAAACUUUUGCAAUAUGAAUUGUCCUAGUUAUGUGGAGGGUAGGUUGUAUUUUGAGUAAGGUGUAAGUAGUCAUUUUUAUCUACCUUUUUGUAAGGAAAAAAGAACUCUUGCUGAUGGCAGAAUAUCACAUUUCUCUAGAGAAUUCACUACAAAUCUACCAGUAAAACUUACUUCUUUGUGUGAAUACCCAAAUUUCAGUCAGAGCAAAGAAGUAAUUUUCAGUAGAAUCUCUUUCCAGAGAAUUGUCACAAAGUUUGUAAUGAACCUGUAAUAGGAUAUAAUUAAUUUCAUUUUAUAGGAACAAAUCAUUAUGGCUAGCCCUGUGAGUUUUGAUUCUAAACUCGGUGGUUGGGUUGAAGUAUCCUUUAUAAGUUAAUAACUAGUGUGAGUUGGCUAUUUUCACAUCUUUGCAAACAUGCGUUUGAAAUUCUUGACUCUGGUCUGCAAAUUGUCUUUUGUAGAAGUUUGGAGUAGGGGAUCUUACCUGUCUUUGAGAAAAGGAAUUUUAUUCUUCAUCAGACAUUGAUACAAGCUGUAUAAAUUAAUGUAUACAGUAUAUUUACCUUCCAUGGUAAGCAAGCCAUCUUCAGCAGAGUAUCCUCUAAUCCUUAAUAGCUCCUGUAAUCUUGUCCUUGUUCUGUUUACCUGAAAAGGUCAUUCUGCUCCUAAAGAAAGGUAUAAACAGGUGGUUUGCACUUGGUAUUUGUUUGAUGUUGCCGUAAGCAUCGUCUGCUAUCAUGCGAGUAAUGAUGGCCUGUUAUUACUGAUUGUUAUUUGUUUUUAUAUAUUUAUUGUAUAUCACUGUUAGGUAAUAAGAUGUAGUAGGAGUGAAUGGAUUUGUAUUUUUUGUUCACUGGCGGGCCUUAUUCGUGAUUAUUAUAUGUUGACAGCAGCAAAUUGGUCUUUUAUUUUGACAUAGGUAAUGAUAGGUCGAACAUAGGUAAUGAUAGGUCGAUGUUGGUCAUAAGAGGACAUGAUGGUUAGGUAAUGAUAGGUCGAACAUAGGUAAUGAUAGGUCGAUGUUGGUCAUAAGAGGACAUGAUGGUUGUCAGCAGGGAAAAUGUUAUCAACAUAUCACUGAAAUAUUGAUCUCGCAAAGGCCCAUGGUUCUCGUAUGUCAGGAUGUCAGGAUUGAUGAACUUGAUUGAAAGCCACAUUAAGAAAAAGAAAAAGAAUCUCCUUGGGUGUCAUAAUUUUUAAUUAUGUACAGUCCAACGUUGACAUGUACAUAAAAUCUUCAGUAUAAGAUUCUUUCAAGUGGUAAUUCUUCAGACAACUAUUUUUUUUUUUUUUAAAUCUAAUUAUUGAUAUACUUAAAGUGUAUGCAUUCUUUUAUUGAGUUUAUGGAGCACUAUAUUUCCCCAGUUGAUGCCCCAGCUUCACUCUUGUAUUUAUAAGGCCAGUUGGACUGGGAAUGACAGCUAGGCCCUGGGGUUCAUAGCAACUAGUUUAUACAGGCAGUCCCUGGGUUAUGACGGGGGUUCCAUUCUUGAGACACGUCGUAAGUCAAAAAUCAUCGUAAGCCAGAACUUCGUAAAAAAACCUAAGAAAACCUUACUUUUAAUGCUUUGGGUGCAUUCAAAACUAUGUAAACUGCAUUCUUAUUGCAUUUUUCAUCAAAAAACCUUCAAAUAUUGAUUAUUUUGCAUUUUUGGUGUUCAUAUUCAUCUGCCAGAUCAGCAUUGUAGGCAUCGUAACCCUGAAAAUAAUGUCUGAUGAAUAUAAUUGAGUAGCACCUUAACCUCGGAACGUCGUAAGCCGAACCCAUCGUAACCCGGGGACUGCCUGUAGUUAUGUAUAUCAACCAUUGCAGAUUUUUGGUUGAUGUGUCCUUUUGUGGAAGUGCUCUUUCAGUUGUGGCGCAGUUGUAAGUAUAGUAAAUUUGAGCUCUUUUAUGUGAAAGUAUUUAUUUAUGGUGGAAUUUGUCUUUGAAAAGUAUAAACAAUACUGGACAUCAAGUGAAAUGACAGAUCAGAAAAUUAUAAAAGUUUUUACUGAUUGUUGUCAAGCGUAUUACUAACCAUUAGAAAAUUAUGUAGGUUUUAAGUAAUUACUAAAUUACAGUUAUAUAUCGAAGGUUUUAAAUUUCAUUUGUUUUUAAGGAAACUCCAUAAACCAUAAUUUUUUGCUCUUCAUUGUUUGAAAAAUUUAAUUUGAUAAUGUUGAAAUCUUGAAUUCAACGGACUUAAAGGAUCAGUGAUCCAUGAAUUCAGUUUCUCAAACCAUUACACAAUAUUCUUAAUUUCUUUUGAGAGCCAAAAAUACCCAGAAGUGAAAACUACAUAUUACUUGUAUUUUCUGUUUUUUUAUAGUUGCAUUUUUGUAUCUUAUUCACUCUUUUCCAAUGUUCCUUUACCACAACCACAAUUUUUGAAGUUUAAAACCCUUUUUUCAUAGUCUUACUGAAAUGGUGUUGAUAUUGCCUAUGAUAGGGACGUAUAUUUUCAUCUAGUCACUUACGAAAAGUGUUGUACAGUACAGUAUAUUCAUCCUGUAUACAAGGGUUAAAAUGCAUUCUUCCUUGUACAGUAAUAUUUAACUCCUCCCACCAAAUACCAUUUUGUGAUAAACAUACCAUUACUUCUCUUAACUUGUAUCAUAUAUGUGGUACAAAGAAUGGUCUCUGUCAGUGUUACUUUUCAAAAAAAGGAAAUGAUACAACAUAAUAAACUUUUUGAAUAGUAAAAUGUCAGAAAUUAUUGUCUUCAUUUUACCUUAAUUUCUUUGUUUUUGUUAAGGAUACAACAGGGAAUCACUGAAUACACUUGCGCACAUACACGCAACACAGAUUUACUGCAUUUAAGGAUAUUUGUUACAUGUCCGCCUACGUGCUAUGCUCCAGAAUGACAGAAGUAUACAGUGUGUCCUGGUAUAAUACAUUUAAGGCCACUUGUUUUUAUUGGACCUGAUAGCAUCGUGGUAGAGCAAAGUCCAUUUUUAGCUAAGGUUAAAUGUUCAUAUCCCACUGAGGUAAGUAGUAUUAAUUGGCCCUUAUUUCACCAUGUGAUAAAGACUUAAUAAGAUGGAGUUCAGGAUAAGACGUUUGCUAUCAUGUUGUUUAUAUAUGAUGUGUUCUGAAAAAAAAAAAUUAAAAUUGCAAAUUGAAUUUUGUUCAUUUUAACUGUAUGGAUCGUUGAAAAUGUGAUAAAGAUUUUAAUUUUUCUAGUGGGUGAUGUCAUGUCUAAAGUUGUUGAAGAAUGGAAAGUUUCCAAAUAUUUCAGACAUCUCAGUUUUCAUUCAUUAGCUUAUGUUGUAUAAUUCACAUUUCUUAUUCCUUUAUUAGAACAGCAGUACAUUACACUAAUAUAGUACGUUGCAUUUCCAAUCAAGUGAUUUUUUCUUUAACACCUGAUAUUUUCCCUUUGCUUAGUAACCAUGCCUCAAAGGAAAGCAGCAGAUUUUCUACUUAGAAUUCAAUGAUACAUAGUUAAUGGUCACAUGCUUGAUUUGAGCCAUCAUGCUUAGUACAGUGUAAAAUUGUCAUGCAUUGGUGGUGUCAAGGCUUUUAGUAUUUGUAAGUACUGUUAAAGCUGAUAUUAAAUGUAAUACCUGGACUUAGUGAGGGUGGAAGAUAUUGAAUACUCUUUAUCUUCUUAAGCAUUUUACAAAGGCUAACUAAAACCAUGUGUAUUCAUACACAGGGAGUAUUUACUGCAUGGAAUAACUGGCAUCAAUGUAGAAGUUUGUUACCAUUCAGAUCUGCAUAUACAAGAAAGGUUUAGUUUUCACCUCUGGAAUACAACAUACAAAAACAAGAAAACUGUGCAUCGUUUCCCUUGAAAGGAAGUUCAGUAUUCUGCCUUUAUUAUGUAAAUGUGUUCUGAAGGGGAUUGCUGUUACAGUAUGGAGAUUACUGGGCUAAUUGGUCAAUCAUUCACAUUAAAAAUCUUCCAAGUUUUAUAUUUGAGUAAUGUGGAGUAUGUAGGUAUUUGGUGUGUGUGAAUGUGUAAUGUGUCAUGUUGUAAAUAUACAUUUAGAGGAAUCAAAUAUUGCAUGGAUACAAACAGGCAUUCUGAUUUAAAAGACAUGAAAAUAAUCUAAGCACAGUUAAUAUACCAAAAAUAUCUGAAUAAAUGUUUCUUUGCUAGACUGCAAGAUGCAAUGCAAAAGUUUGGUGUGUAGCAAAAUAUGAAUGGAAAACAUUCCUAUUUUUGUAGUUGUGCAAAGGUUUCAUCAGCAAAUGAUAGGAUUGUAUGUGUUUCCUCAGUGAAUGGAUGAAUCACCUAACAUUGGAGACUUAGACAUGGGAGUUAACACUGGUUGCCUAAUUCCAAGUUGAAAAUAUGAGAGUAUGAUGGUUACCUUUGACAUUAUAUACAUACACAUUGUUUAUACAUUUGUUGUGUUUAUUAUAACAAUAUCAUGCCAUAAUAAUUAACAAGAAUCAUUUGUAUACUAUUAAUCUAGGCUGAAAAUUACUGAUCUUAUGUUCGUGUUUAGUGGUUUCCAAAAUAAUGAAUACUACUACGUAUGGGGAAAACUAGGUCUAAGGCGGGUGGUUCUUGCACAGCUAAACUGAACAAAUUAUAAAACACUUGCUACAAAAUUGAAGGAGGUCAGAGGUAAAGGAUAAACUUGAUGAUGUUUUAAGGGUAACUGUACAAGAAAAACAAGUUGCAGGCUUACCACCCAUUUAUCCCCCCCCCCAAGUAUUCAGUGGAAAAUCAGAAACAUGUACAGGAUCCCCAUGCUAGUAUUUCUUUACCCAAGACUGAAUGAUAUUUGAACCAUGUACACCAUUAGAUUUUUUAAAGGUAAAGUCAAAUUCACAGUGAUAAAUAUUUAAGACUGUAAGUUCUUUUUAGAUGGGUACUGAUGACCCUUUAUUCCAAUAAAUAAGCAACUCCUAUACAUACAGAUAAGGAUUGUGGUGGAUUAAGUUACCAAUCCUUAAGGAAGUUUGCGAGUUAUCUGGGGUCUUGUUAAGUUGCAGUAAUGAUGAUAAUACACCAUUCUUCAAAAAUCAGUUUGUAACAUUAGCCUCAGGAGCAUCCAAAUUUCUAUUUAACAAGAGCCUAUGAAGAUCAAUCUCUGCAAUAGCACUGAGGUGUUUAACAUAGAUGUGGAGCUGAUGUACUAGAAACAAAGACUUUUGAUACUACAGUAGACCCCUAUAACAACUUUACCUCCAUUUUCUUUUAAAAAUUUAAUAUUCUAAACCAUCUUGAUGUUUUCUGGGAUUCAAGUAUGAUGCUUUUCAGUCAGUAAGCCUCUAUACUAUGGUGUUGUUUUAAAGACUGCAGGAUAGUGGAUAAAAACCUGUGAACUUUCUUCCAGAGAAUUUUGAAUUUGGUGAAUGUAAUUCUUUUUACAUGAUUAUUCAACAGAAAAAGUCAGCCUAGUAAUAUUUGAUCUUUCUUGAACAGUGGUUGAUAUUCGUUAGUCAUGAAAGGAUGUUUCGGUGAAGUAAUAGGAUGUUUAAAAUUAAUGUUAAAUGUGAUCAAAGUCUAAUUACUACUUGAAAUAAUGAAAUGUAAGGUUUUUUUUUCUCUGGAUAAGAAGUAAUUCUGUGACCAGGCAGAGGAAAUCUUGUUGGCUGCAUUUAAAUGGAAUAUCCAGUUGCUUCAUAGUUUCGUAUUGAUGAAAGUACUUAUACAGCAGGAUUUAAUGUCUAGACAUUUUUAAAUUCGUGUCAUUGUAGGGAGAUUGUUUGCUCAUGUUCCUUUUAUUAUUUGGUAUAUACUUGUCGUAAAUAUGUUAUUGGUAAGUGAUAUACUUGCUAUAUUGACUUUGAAAUUACUUUGAAAUGUGUGUGUGUGUGACAAAGAUUGGCAGAGUUUUUGUAAGAGUAUGAUUCUCCAUAUUCUUAAAAGGGCUCCAUUGAUGAAAAAAAAAAGGAAGCUUUUAUCUUUGUUUACUACAGCAUUUUAGAUUGCAUAAACCCAAAGAGGACAUUCAAGUUAUGUUUCUUGCUUUUGAUAUGCAUACAGUACACACUGUGAAUUACAAAUGUAGUUGUUUUCUAAUGCUUUCUAAGUAAGUUGCUGGAUGCAGAUAUUUCCUGUUUGUUUUGAGUUGAUGAUGAACACGAAAAGAUUUAUCUGACAAUUUCUGCUCUUUAGAUAUUAAAAAAUAUGUGAUAACUAACACGUUUGGAAGCACGUGAGUAAUCAGCUUGUAUGUGAUAUCAACUCGAUGGAAACACCAAAUUUAUUUUGCUCAGUGCCAAACUCCUCAAUCUAAUGGGGUCUCUACAAAAUUUGUAUUUGAUUGACUUGUUAAAUUCAGAUGAAGGUGGAUCUUGGAAAAGUGAAUGUUUAAUAGAGACAUUUGUUGAUGGGAAAAAUGCCUACUGUGAUGCCAUCAGUGAACACUGACUGUGCAAGUGGCCACAAAGUUUUGUGCAUGCCAGAGACUGCACAUUUAGGUGGUUAAAGUUCUAGAAGUUUUCAAGUUGACUGUUAUUUGUAAGACGUGACACUGCAUUGUUUGUCAGAAAUUUCAACACUACUCACGCAGAUAAUGGAUGAAAAGUUUAUAUUUAUAUUUAAAUUUUAUAUGAAUAUUCUAUAAAUAGUGAUAAAACUAUAACAGAAUAAUUCAGUGUAUGAGAUAUAGAUGCAUAUACCUAAAAUAAAAGUUAAUGUACCAUUUUCUGUAAAAAUAAUUUUUUAGAUUUUUGCACGGGACACUGGUGUGGUAAGACUGUGAUUGAAUUAUAUGCUGAAUAAGAUGCUUAGAUUUUGAUUAAAUUUUACUCUCAAAAACUACAACUUCUUUCAAAUCGUAGGAAAUAAUAAAGGAAAAUUCCUGUGAUAUGUUGGUUAUGCAUAGUGUAAAUCUUUUCAUUGUCUGGACAUACAUGCAGUAUGAAAAUAGUUUUUAAUUAUCUAGUCCAUCUGUUACUACAGCUGCAACGGGGUGUAUAUUAAGUGUUAAGGAUUUUUUUCUUUUUUCUUUUUACUAUUGGCAAGUAUUGGUUAAAUGAAACUGUUAUUCUUCAGUUUCUAUUAAAGUGGUGCAAUAGAUUUGCAAAUUUUGUGAACUUAGUUUUGUAAAGAAGUUAGUUCUAGUUCUAUAUAGUUUGUGUUAUACUGUACAUACAUAUGAUACCUCAUUUGUUCCUACAGGAUUACAAACCAUUGCCUUUUACAUAGGAAUUUUCCUCAGAGCAAGCAAGAAUUGGUCGUCUUCGCUUUGUAAUAAGGUAGCCAACUUGUGGAGAUGGUGAGUGGGAGGAAAUCCCCUCUUCCCCACCUGCCAUUACUAAACACCUUUUCUUCAGUUGGGGUAGAGUUCAGACAUCUUUUUCCACUUUGACCCUCAAGUUGAAACUUUCAUCUAUCCUGUUGUAUAUACAGUUUGUGUUUUUCAUUCAACAUGGAUUUCAACAAGAAAAGUAAAUGACACAAGGGAUGAGGAACAGCAGGUGUUUUGACACUUUUAUAUCCUUAGUUUAGUGGAUACAUUUUGUUCUUCAUUAGGAGUCUGCAGGCUGGUCUCACUUCCAGUGGAGGGUUCUUGUCAGCAGCACAGGGAGGCCAAAAGAUGUUUUCUUGUUUCUCUGGAGGGGAUUACAGUAAACCUCCUGGUUUUUGGGGGGAUGUGCUCCAGACCCCCAUGAAUGGUUAAAAUUCACGAAUACUUGCUACCCCAGUCUAAAAAUGCUUAUAACUGCCUAUCUUGAAAGUUUAAAUACCAAAUGUAUACUUCAGUAUCAUCCCACAUCAAAUAUACCUUAAACUAUUAUCCUGUUACUUUAUUCAUCUUUGAAAUGAUGUUAUUAAUAUAAUUUCAAAGUCAUCUUAAACAUUUUACCCUUGAAAAUAUAUAUGUAUGUACUUCCAACCCUUCCAGCCAAUAUCACACAGAGAGAGAGAGAGAGAUGAACUGAGUUGCUUACAUCCGUUAAACAAUUAAAAAUGUCAUUAAUACAGUACUAUAUAUUAUGUAUAUCUUUCUAUCAACCACUCCCUUCCUUUCUGUCUAUCCAUCCAUCUCUCACCUUUGACGAUAGAGAGAGAGAGAGAGAGAGACCACUGAGUGGGCAACUCUUUGUACCCUUCAGGUCAGUAUAUCAAGAUGUUUGACUUAAAUAUUUGACAGGUUACACCUUCCCCCCGUGUUCCAAAGCUUUUGGUUUGAUAAUUAAUAUUUUGCUCUGUUUACAUCAAUAUUAAUAUCUGAGAAUUAGUAAAUAAUUUAUGUAUCAUACAAAGCAAAUAAACAUACAUAUUAUAUAUGCGUAAAAAUUCUCUCAUCUCAGUAAGAGAGACAGUGAGAGAAGGAGAGAACUGAGAAAUGAAGGGAGUAGGAGAGAAUUAUAAUUUUUAUUACUUAAUGUUAUUUAAUCCUAUUAAACUUAAUAUUUGAACAUUUGUUCUGUGAAUCAUUACUUUACAAAAUGUGUAUGUAGGUACAGUACAGUAUUUAUUCAUGAAAAUACAGAAUAUAGUAUAUAUCAAUGAAUAAAUCAGCGAAUGGGUGAGUUUUCUUGUGAAUAAUUUAUAGAUAGGUUCCACAGAAAAUUCCACUAAUUUACUGUACUCGUGACUUAGAUAUGGCAGAAUUUUUUCAGCUGCUUUGUCCCAGACUACCUUCCCUUUUUCUCCCUACCAUCUCCUCUUGUGAGGGGUUACACUUGUGAGCUUAAGAGACCAUCUUGUGCUCUCCAACAAUGCAAAUCUGGAUGCACUCCAUACUCCUCUGAAGCUGCAAGUCCUGAGUAUAAUUCCUGAACAAUAAGGUGAAGAAACACAAAAGUGUAUCUUCUUCCUCCUUUUCGUCAAGCUCUUUCUACUCUUAAUCCUAAUCUUCUGCCUCCUCUUCCCUCUAUAGCAAGAAUAAAAUUAAAUGGUCUCUAGAGCCAUCUCACAAAAAAUUUCAAAAGACUUUUUAUGAAUAACUGCCUGCCUUUGUGGGUUGGCAACAGUAUUCACUCACCUGUGGGUGGGAUGUCUGCCUUAGGUAUGGUUGACUGGGUUUUCUGAGCAUACUUUUGAACCAGCAUCUCUGCGUUUACUUCUAAAACAAGAGGGCUGUCUUUGACCCCUCUCCUGUUUGUACUUCUUGCUGAGGCGCACACAGAAGAUUUGGCAAUGGGAGCCAGAUGAAAUGCUUUUAUGCCAGUGCGAGUCUCACAGCAUUUUCUAUGAGAAUUCAAUGUCUUAUGACAAUGUCUGAGUAUCUGUAGUACUGAAAGGCGCAUGAAGAUGGUGUCCAGAGCACCUUUCUUUUUGGCUUCAUGGAGUGAUCUAGCAUCUGUGUAGUUCGUGUGAGAAGAACAUGUCCAGUCAGGGCUUCUUGAAGCAAGGUCUCCUAGCCCAUCCAUUUCCAUUCUGAGAACUUUUCAGUAACAAGUAAUGAGGCAGGCAUCUUUUAGGAGUGUUGCUCACAAGUUCUUGAACCCUUCUUAGGACCUUUGGUGGUUACCCAACAGGUUGUGUAGUCUCCAAAUGCCUCUUGGACAAAAUAGAUGUUGGAGGUUGAAUGAAUGAGCAACUAGAUCUCUCUCCCAUCUUCCUUCCUCUGAAUGGCAGCAGUCAGGAUGAGUAUGUGCUGGGCAGGCUACAACGCAGGUCGACUUCACAUUCUGGUGUCCUACCUUAACAGUUUCAGCUCAUAAGGUGUGACUCUCUCCACUCUCUUUUUAACAAGUGAGAGGGGGUAAAGUAUGAUGAGCCAUCAGCCUAUGAUUUUUCCAAGUACAAGCCACCUUCUAACAUGUGCUAUUCUUACUGUAAAGCAGCACUUGCAUUUCUCUCUAGCUGAAGGCCAUAUCAAUCUUGCAUUCCUGUGCCAGAUUCUAUAGAAGAUUGUAGGGGUCAUCACCUCUGCUGACAAUCAUGAACAGGAGCAUGGUAUUUACAGGUAAAGAAUCAAUUUGCUAGUUAGUUGAGACUAUCUUCCCAUGUAAGGAGUGAGUCUCCUACAUGAUAGGCAAUGGUUUAUAUCCUAUAAGAACAAAACACAAAUUUUUACUUUUCUAUUUUUCCUAGGUAUAAAAAUCAUGGCCUUUUAACAUUAUACUAUUUUACUCACCUGCUUAGUUCCUUAUACCAACGGAAAAGUUUGUGAUGGCAGGCGAGUGGUGGUUUCUCCGGCUAACCCACCUCCAACAGUUAACUACCUCAUUACCAAGUUUCAACAGCCAAUUCCAGCUUGUGUUGAGGAAUUCUCUUUCAUAAGAGUCUCUGGUUUAAAUAUCUAGGGGAAAAUACAAAUUGCUUUAAAUAUUUGUGAUUUUUCUACACUGCAAACUUAAUAGCUUUUGCUGUAGAUACAAUUUGUCUUUUUUUUUUUUUUUUUUACAAAGCACACUGUUUUAUCUUACUCAGUAAUCUUUCUCAGUACAGUACUGUGUUUUACUUUAUGAAUAUUCUUAGUGCAAUAUGAAGUUCAUGGAUAAAGAAGUUUAAAUUGAGUGGAUUUAAACUGAAGUGUAUGAAAGUAUUGAAUAUAAGCAGAAGGUUUUCCAAGUAGUCAAGGAAAUUAGAAAUGUCUCUUAAGAAUUUAAAAUCUUAUAUUUUUAUUUAAGCUGCAUGCUUACCUAAAAACAGACAGCCCUAUUGCCCAAUAGCUUGUAAAUUAGGAAACCAGUGGUCAGCAAUGAGACCCCAUACACAAGCCUUCCUUGUGUAUGGGAGUCCUGCCACUGUACGUUUCAUUUCACUUUCAUCUGUUAUGCUGACUUUUGAGUUGGUUCUGUACUAUAUGAAAUUUUAUGUUCAUUGUUGUCCUUAUUUUCAAAGUGUCAGUUACCAUCCUGUCUUCUCUCAUGUAAUGACAAGAGAGACAGGUCAAAAGACAUCACAAAGAGACUUUCCAUGGUGCCUGUUUCAAAAUGGUUAAGAAUGUGCUAUGGAUAGAAGUGGUGAUAUCACAUAUGACAUUCAUAGAAAACAAAAAAAGCGAUACCCUGUUUCCAUUUUCUCCAAGAAUGUAUCGAGUUUGCCAUGACCUAGAUAUUGGUUGUAGUUGGCAGUAGAAGCAGAAAUAGGUUGUGUAAAGCCAUCUAAGCUUUAACUUUGCUUGGUCGAAGGUAGAAGUUGUCACCUGGGAAUUUGAGCUGCAGUAUGGGAAAAUCCAGGAAAUGGUCGAGUCACAUCAGAGAAUGUUGUCCGCCAGGUUUGUUAGAACUUGUAACCAACAAGAAUCCCAUGUAGGUACUUCAUCACCCAUGAAUUAGAGAAGCAAUUACUGAGAGCAGUUUCUUUCUUUGAAAACUUCAUCUGAAAACCUUUAGGACAGUCAACAGAGAGACAAGUUAUAGGAAAAUGUGAUAAAUAAAUAAACAUGAGGGAAUAGACAAGUAAACCAAUGAAUCUGAAUUCAGGCAACAUCAGCAGAAAGCAGGAAUUAAUUUUCUCCUCACCUAGACAUUUGGCAAUUGCUAGUAGAUUCCACAACAGCCCUAGGCAGAUUACUCCACAUUUUAGUUGCAGCCAAGAUAAAAGUCAUAGCAAACUGAGGAGUAUCAAACCUGAUACUAGAAAACAUUCCACUGCCGAAGCUGUGGAAGACGGGUAAAAGAAAUUGGAAAUCGUCUUGUAUCCAAAAACAAGAAACUUUCAUUGUAUUGUGUUCCUGUUGAAAGCGAAUUAUUAGGUCUUAUACUGAAAACUAGGGUCAUUUAUCAUAAGAGUCAUUUGCUGACAGUUUAUUUCUUCUAACAGCUCUACCCAAAAGACACCCUUCUUUGCCCAGUGGGAGCACCUCAUUUGAGGAGGACAAGAUCUUGCAAAUAUUCCUGACAGCACUCAAAAUUUUGUAUGGCUGAAAAUCAAGCUUUAAUACAUAUAAAAACUUUUCUUGGUUAGUUAAUGAAGGUUACUGAAGGUCCUUGUCAUAAUUUUACUGGGAUUUUAUGGAUACCUUCCAUAAUCAUCACCUCAUCCAUCAGAUAUCUUAAGCCCUGAGAUUCCAGCAUGAAAAUCUGCAUUCAGACGAAUCACAUAUACUCAUGUCAAAUAGGCUUAGUUGGGGCAUUUUAUAUAGGAGAUACCAUUGAAUAAGAGCAAUUUCUGUCAGUAACAAGUAACCAUCACUUGACGUGCUGAUGAUCUUCAUAUGAAUAAAAUGACAAAUGAGGAGUUAAUUUUUCUCUUAUGAAGCUAAUUAGGAUAAGGCAAAAUGAAAAUCUGUAAUUAAUAUUGACACGAAACUUGACAUUUUUAUGUUCCAUUGGUACUAACAUCGUUUCAAAUUGAAAUUGAGUGUUCCAUCUUAGUCCCAUCCAUUUGCCCACAUUUAUAAUCUGAAGGAUUUACUACCUUUGAAAGAGGCUGUAAAGGAUUAUCUCCUAGUGAACGAGAGCGAUAUUUCAUACUCGUUUUAGUAACCAUCCAGUAAUUGGUUUGUCUAUCCUUAUUAUGAAUAUAUUUAAAUUAAAAUAAUUACAGGGUGUGUACUUGCAGAACCUGGAAAUUUCAAAUUUUGAAUAAUGAUAAUUUUGCUUUGUAAAAUAACUUAUAUAAGAAAUAAGAUUAAUGAUUUACCUCUAAAAGUCACCCAUUUGUGGCUUAAUAAGACAAGAUUUUUUCAUUAAAAAUAGUAAAUGUUAGAAGAAAAGGGCCUUACCAAUUACUGUAAUACAAUGUAACUAGUGCUACUGGCAUGUAAACUGGAUUGCGAAAUUGGUAUAGUACAUGGAAGCAGUUAUUGAAGACAGUAUUACAAUUAACACAAAUGAUUUGAGAUGGAAUGUACUAGUUGGAAAACUGCAAACCAAGUGGAAAAAGUAAAAAGACUUACUAGGUAAUGGUGUAUUCUCUAUAUGUUAAACUUCUGUAAAAGCAUCUUUCAUCACCACUUCUAUAGUAGGUACAUUAUUUAUUGAACUGUACGACAAGCUGAAUACAAAUGCUGUGUGUGUGUGUGUAUACAGUAAUCCUCAUUGUUCAGUUCCUUGAUCCUGCAGUCUGUUGACUCACUAAUGUUUAAGCAAAGGUUUGAGAGUAAACACAGAAAGGAAAAUUUCAAAUUAUUUCCCCUUGACUAUUAUGAGAUGCAUUUUCCAAAAUACAUGUUUUGGGUUUUGGAAUAGUGUCGAAAUUUACAGCAGUUUGUUAUUAAGGUAAAAGAUAGCAGACUUUUUCACCAUUCAGAACUGUAUAGGUAUUAAAUACCUUAGGCAUAAUUAUUUUUGUAUAAAGUAAUAAGGUUUUUUUGUAAAUUUUGUAUUUGUGAUUAUAAAAUGAGGAACCUACGUUGUAUGUUACUUACAGUUGUUUCAAACUGGAUUUUGACUUAUAUGUAUUGUACAUGUAAACUCUGUGUUCACUGUUCAGCAAAUGUGUAUUUAUAUGAAAUGUAUAUAAUGUAUUAGCAAGAAUAUUUGGGCUUAUAUAAGAAUAUUCACUGCACAGGACUGUUGAUGGAAGAUACAUUUUGUACGGUUGAUUAACCAGUAUUUAUAAAGUUGUGUAUAUUGUUUUCAGCCUAAAAGUACGGCCUUGUACUCUCAUUAUCAGUAAAUAAAAGUAUAUUGUA